AAAAAAAAACACAAGACAAAAAGCAUAAAAACUCAAGAGCAACAUAUAUAUCUAUAUAGGUACAUACCAGAAAUGGAGGUCGCGAUGGGUUUUCGCUUCUUUCCGACGGAAGAAGAGUUGGUUUCCUUCUACCUACGCAACCAGUUAGAAGGCAAGAGACAAGACAUGCACCUUGUUAUCCCAGUCGUCAACAUUUAUGAUGUAGAACCAUGGGAACUUCCACAACUUGCUGGGGAGUGUUGUAAAGGAGACUCUGAGCAAUGGUUCUACUUUACACCAAGACAAGAGAGGGAAGCUCAUGGAGGGAGACCUAACCGCACUACGACUUCUGGAUACUGGAAGGCAACAGGGUCUCCCAGCUAUGUCUACUCCUCAGAUGACCGAGUGAUAGGAAUGAAGAAAACCAUGGUUUUUUAUAACGGAAAAGCUCCUUCUGGGAGGAAAACAAAAUGGAAGAUGAAUGAAUAUAAAGCCAUAGAAGCAGUAGCCAACUCAUCUGCUGCUGUUACUCCUAAGUUGAGACACGAAUUCAGUUUGUGUCGAGUCUACGUUGUAUCAGGCAGCUUUCGAGCAUUUGAUAGACGCCCACCAGAAGAUGUGUCACGAGGAAGACAACUUCAUAACAGGGCUGCAACAUCUUCUGAGAAAGCUACAAUGAUGGAGAUAACAAGCUCCUCAGGUACAUCAAAUUCUGGAGGAAACCACUCAGAUCACCCAGAAGCCAGUGAGGAUGAUAUUUGGCAGAUGGUUAAUGAUCUGCCAGAACCUCCCUUAGGAUGGGAACAAAUGAACAGGACCUGAGUUAAGCAAUAUUAGUAGGUAACCAGCCCUUUAUGUGGCAUGAUUGAAUUGUACCACAAGCAAAACCUAACUUUAGAAUGUAGAAGAAUUUCUUCUUCCCACUUGUAGGCCAAGGGAACGUAGCAAAUAAGCAAGAUCUAAAGAGAUCAUUCUACGUAAAAUAGGAUUAAUUUUUUGAAAUCCCACAGUUUUUGUAAAGAUAUCUGUAACUGCUAUUUGGUUUUAAUCAGUUGGAAGAUGUACUCACCAUUAUUCCUCUGCCGAACGUCCAUUGUAAAACUCAACACAGA